AUGUCUCGCUUCUUGGACAGCAUUACCACCAUCAUCGGCCUCUUCCACAAAUCCGCGAAGGCAGAUGGAAACCACUCCAGCCUCAGCCGAAGGAAGAUGAAAGAGCUCAUCGAGAGGGAGUUUGCAGACGUCAUAGCUAAGCCGCAUGACCCUCAGACGAUUGACAAGAUUCUGCACUUUCUGGAGUGGGAUGGCGAUGGGGAAAUCGAUUUUAACGAGUUCCUGCUUUUGGUGUUCAGAGUGGCGAAGGCCUGCUACUGGUACCUGCCGAAGGGACCACACCUGCUGCAGAGAACAAAGCUGACAACCACUGGCAAGCCACUCCAAGAGCUCGAGAUUAAGAACAGAGGGAGCUGCCAGCAGCUCCAGGAAGAGGAACAAGACACCUGCGAGAGGAGUCGCCAUCCUGCCUGCAAAACUGAGCUGCAACGAGACACCAGUGUCAUCGAGCUUGAAGUACGAGAGGAAGCGAGGAGUCGUCACCAGGAACGUAACACGCCAAGCAGAAACGUGAAACGAAGCAGCGAGCCGGGGGAGCCGAUCCCUCAGGUGUACGAAGAAGGAAGGCAAGAGCCGUGCGACCAACGGAACAGCAGGAGAAGACGUGACCCGCCGGAGCCAGACAGACGAGAUGUUCAGUUCACCAAGAGAGGCUCCGUGCGAGCACAGGAGUCCAGGCUGCGAGCAGACGAGAGGCGAUAUGAAGAAGCAGACGUGAGGAGUUGCAGCCAGACCUACGAACCUCAACCACGGCCAAACCAGUGGAGUAACCAAGCACAUGAUCAAAAAACCCAGCAGCCACAAGAAGGAGAUAGAGGAAGAAACAAUAAGCCACGUAAACCUGAAAUAGUCAGGGAAGAGAGAAGCCACUACCACCUACGUGAGGUGGAACAAAAAGAAUCUGAAUACAGCAGCCAUGAUCGAUGUGAGCCUGAAUGCCUGGAAUCCAGACGCCCACAUCAGUCAUACAUAGAGGAACCGCUACAGCUUGACCUCAGGUAUGGUGAGGCCCAGGAGCCAGAAAGAAAGAGAAGGAUCCAGCAGGCUCAGGAGCUGGAUGGUCAAAAUGAUAGAAGGAGGGAAAAGCCUGUGCGGGAGAGAAAGAUCGAUCGCCUACGAGAACUCGACCUUGAGGUCUAUGAGCAACGUGAGAGGGAAGAGCAAGAUGCCACCACCAUCCAGAGAGAGAGACGUGAGCGUGAAGGUGAUGAAAGGAGACAGCGGGAGCUGGAGAUGUACGAAAGGACACGCGAGACUGAAGUAGCUGCGGCAGAAGCUCAGGUGAAGAUUCACCGCGUGUCCCGGGAAGCAGAGCCACCUGAGCAGGUGAAGAGCAGGGAUUGUCGGCGUGAGUGUGAGGAACCAGAGGAGAGAAGGAUCUGCCAGGAGAGAGAGAGAGAGAAGCCCGUGCGGGAGACAAGAGAUCGCCAACGGGAGUUUGACCUCCAAGUCUAUGAGGAACAUGAGAGGGAAGAGCGAGAUGCCACCACCAUCCGGAGAGAGAGACGAGAGCGUGAAGGUGACGGAAGGAGACAACGGGAGCUGGAGAUGUACGAAAGGACACGUGAGACUGAAGUAGCUGCAGCAGAAGCUGACGUGAGGAUCCAUCGUGUGUCCCGGGAAGUGGAGCCACGUGAGCAGGUGGAGAAGAGAGAUCGUUGCUGUGAGC